AUUGUAAAAAAGGUAAUGUUAAAUUGUAGUGAACUGUUAAAUUCUAAAAGGUGUUUUGCCCAUUUAAUCGGGUCUUUUCUAUUAUAAACUCUCGGUCAGAAAAUUACAUUUCCGAAUUUGCUAUUAUUUUGUGGGAGAUACAAAAAUUAAAAUUAUUUAUGUGUCUAAUUAAUUGUGAUAUUUUUUUGUGUAUAAUAUUCUAAAAAACUAAUUCCCUGGUUAUUUUUAACGUCGGUGAUCUAAAAUGGAAGAAUCGCUCGUUUCUGCGGAUCUAUUGGAUAAACUCCGUUGCCAUUUGUGCAAUCUAUAUCUAUCAGUAUUUCCUAUUUAUAUAAACGAUAAAGGAAACGAGUUUAUUUGUGGUCGAUGCAACGUACAACAUGAAGAUAAAUAUAUUCGAGAUGGGAGUUACGAAGAUAUAGCACAAUAUAUUAUUUUUCCGUGCGCUCAUUCUGUCAAUGGUUGCAAACAACAAAUGUGCCCUCAAAAAUUAGCUCUCCACGAACUUUGUUGCGCAUUUAGAAAGCUUGACUGUCCAAAUCGUAGUUAUUCAGAUUGUGUAUGGAAGGGUUCCAUCAAUAAGCUAAGAGACCACUUCGAAAACUCCCAUAGAGCGCUUUUUAUCAACGAUGGCAAAUUUGAGAUAAAUUUUAAUAACAGUUUAAGGGAAUAUCUUCUGUUCUUCACUGAAAAUGAAUUAUUUCUUGUUAAAAAAGAAAUAGAUUCUAUAAAUGGUAUAUUUAGUUGUUCCGUCAAACAUGUUAUACAAAUUGAAGAUUCCAAAAAAUAUAAUUAUUCUUUGAGAAUUGAAACUGCAAAUCAAUUUUUCAAUUUUCACGAAUGUUCAAAGCGAACUGUGUCAAUUGCCAAUGAAGAGAAAAUUUCAUUUUCCAAUGAGUUUAUAAAUGAACAACUGAGUUAUCCUGAAACUAUCAUUAUCAAUGUGAUCAUUGAUGAAAUGGAAAUUCAAAAAAGUCAAAUCGCUAACAUACCUAAAAUCGAAGAUUCUAAUACGAAUUUGGCAAUUUUCAAUGAACUGGAAUGUCCUAUUUGUUACGAGUACAUGUUACCUCCUAUUUUUCAAUGCCUUAGUGGUCAUAGCAUCUGUAAUAUAUGUAAACCUAAGAUUGUCUUUUGCAGUAUUUGCAAGGGAAAUAUAAAAUAUACUCGAAAUUUUACAUUGGAAAAUUUGGUAACUCAGUUAUCUUAUCCCUGUAAAUACUCUAAAGUUGGUUGUCCCAUAGCUUUAAAAGCCGGAAGUAUUGAGCAACAUCAAGACUUAUGUGAAUUUGGUUCGUAUGAGUGUCCACUUGCCAAAAUGGAAAACUGUAUUAAAAAGCUUAAUAAAAAUGAAAUCAACAGACACAUCGAAACUGAGCAUGAAUCGUAUUUGUUAAAAUUCAAUAAAGUGAAUGUAACUCUUAAUAUGCUCAAUGAUGGCAGAUACAGGGAAUAUUACAUAAUAAAGUUUGAUAAAAAGCUAUUCAAGCUUUGUUUCGCAUAUUUUGAUUUUACAUUUUUUUGGGCCAUACAAUUAAUUUACCCAUCAGAAGAUUAUAUAAAAUAUCAACUUGAAAUAGAUAUUAUAGAUAAUUCUGGAAAUAACCUGCGGGCAUAUGCAAGACGGCCAUGUAUGCCAUACACCAAAACUGAAAAUUUCUUUGAAGUGAAAGGCACCUAUAUUAUGUUUUUAUAUGAGCAAAUUAACGAUUUUCUGACAGAUAAGACAUUAUCAUACCAAGCUAGAGUUGUUAAUGGCACUAUGAUGUAAUUUAUAAUUUUAAACUUUCAUUAGUUUAUUAUGAAUUAUAUUAUACAGAUUUUCACAUUUGAUUGUUUUGUAUGUUAAGUUUGAUGUAAAAUACAUUUAUAUAUUAUGUUAAAAAUUCACUAUACAUAAAAUAGUAGGUAGAUAAAAAUAAAAAAUAUAGCUAUUU